UACGAAGCGCAAGAUGGGGCAAACGUCUGUAGACCGUCAGCGACUUCGAUGCUCCAGCAUGCGAUGCGGCGUCCUGCGCGUGGCCGUGAGGCGCGUCCUGGUGCUCGUCUCGGCCGUGGCGCUCAUCCCCGCCGUGCUGCUGCUCAUCGGCUCCAGCGUCACUAGGCACCGCUACCAGGAUGUACAAUUCACAGGACAAAAAGUGGCAGUGGAAGGGAUCGAUGGCUUCUACGGCACUUGGGGCCCAGGCCCUGAUCCGGGUUGGAUGUCCAGAAUGGCUAUUAGAAUGGCAGCCAGAAGAGCAGAGCUACGUGAUGCCUGCAUUCGAACAGGCUUGGACGUACCUAGCAAUGACUCCCUACACCAGCCCAAUCCCUGGGAAUACCUAAUCAAUACACAGCAUCAUCUAGUAUGGUGUAAUGUUUUUAAGGCUGCUUCAACUUCUUGGAUGUACAACUUCAACAUUUUAGCAGGUUACACACCUCAUUUCUUGAAGCAGAGUAAGGUGGUCCCCCUUCAGCUUGCAAGACAAAGAUAUCCUCGACCAUCAUUGGAAACCUUGAGAGAUGCUUUGAAUUCAUCAAUUUCAUUUUUAAUAGUCAGGCAUCCUUUAGAGCGACUUUUGUCAGCAUACAGAGACAAAAUUCAGUAUUCUCUCCCUCAUACUCUGCAUCAAAGACUAGGCAUACGUAUAAUACAAAAAUAUAGAACAAAAAGCAGGAGCACAAUCGGGAGCCGUGACCCCACGAAAAGAAAGCGCCUAUCCCCCAAGUGGCCCACCUUUUCGGAGUUUGUUCAGUACUUACUGGACGAAUUCAGAGAAGGCAGAGAAUUUGAUAUGCACUGGGCACCUAUUGCCGAGUUUUGCACACCCUGUCAUUUGCAUUUUGAGGUCAUAGCUAAAUUUGAAACAUUAGAGGAGGACCAGAACUACUUAAUAUAUAGAGCACGUCUUCAAGACUAUAUACAUCCAGAGUGGAAAAACCCAGCAAAGGGCAGGACAGCGACUACAAACCUCAUAAGUUCCUACUACACACAGCUCACAAAAAAAGAAAUCUUAAGCCUCUAUGAGAUUUAUAGAUAUGACUUUGAGCUGUUUGGAUAUACAUUAGACGGUUAUUUAGAACAAGGGGAGGAGGACCCCACCUCUCCACCGAGUGCCUCAAGGCAUCACUUCAACAAACACCAAGUAACAAAGUCCCCUCCAACUUAAAGUGUGUUAGUUUUCAUUUUUCAUUUGUCUUCUACAGGGAAUGCCUUGCUCAAAACAAAUGCCAGUUGAGUGUACGCAACUUCAAUGUCAAAUUAACGACAGGUCAAAUUUCCAAAGGACAUGUGUUCAAUUAAACUACUUCCCCUUUGAAAUUUAGUCAUACUGUAAAUUAGUUAUGGGUUCUAACUUUCAAGUGAAGAGUAUAAUUCUGUUAAGGAGCCACAAAAUAUAGAGAUAGAAAACCACAUUUUUACUAGGAUAAUUAAGUAGAAAGGGAAAUAAAACAAAGCGAGUUGAUGAAAUUGUGAUUAUGCAAUGGUGCUUAAAUUUGACACCUCUCAUAUUCCCACUGGUGGAUGUGAAUAGAAGGAACGUCAGUGCUGAAGGGCUUCCAAAUUUGACCAUAAAUAAAUUUGAUCUUAGUGUGUGUAGUUUGUACAAUCAAAUAGAUAUUGCAAAAACAGAAAAUAAUGAAAACAAAAAACUCCAAGCUCAAGUAAAAUAAUUUCUUUUGAUCUUCAUGUAUACUAUUCAAGCGAAUGGACAGAUUGGCAUGUUUUUACUCUUGUUGUCUUGAAAAACUUAAGUUGUUCUUUUCAGUAAUUUAGAGUACCCCCGUUUUUUUAGAGUAGGGGAUAAUGGUUUAAAAAAGAUCAUGGAGAGUGUAUCCAUUUGAUGUACACUAACUGAUUGGUGACGAAAGAUUGGGACCAAAUUUGCAAAUCUGAAUAAAAUGUCAUUAUUCAAUGGUUUAAGGUGAUUUAAAAGAGUGAUAAAAGUGCAAUGAAUGACUGCACAUGUGCUGGAAAAGGAGGAAAAUAUAAAGUGUGGGAUGCAGUUUAUGGAAUUUGAACUAGUCCCACUCAAUGAAAGAGUGAUGCGUUUUCAAUCAUCAACAAUUUUCUUAACACUGGGUCCGUUUGAAUAAGACACACUUCCUAUUUUUGAAAUGUUAAAACUUAAGAUGCAUAUCAAAAAAUCAUUUGACGAUGGUUUUUUAAUGAGGAUUCAUGUUGUCAUUCCAUUCAAGGUUCAAGAUCUUUGUAAAACUUGUGUAAAUACAAAUAAAAAAAUUGUAGCUUUGUUGUACAGCUGCACCUCUUCCAUUUUCAUCUACAUAGAUACUAAGCACUUCUGAGAAUUGAUCGGGCAAAGUCUUGUGUUCAUACCCUUAACUCAAAAAUUGAAAUAAAUGUUUUUUUCUUUCCAA